CGUUCGAUAUGGGCGUCGGCCCUUCCGUCGCCGACGGCGGCGACACCACGGCGGUGACGGGGUCCAUCAGCGAGGUGCCCAAGAUAUCCGGCACCCACGAGUUCACGAUCCGCGAGUACAGCCGCACCAAGGGCAUGGGCGUGGGCAAGUCGAUCCUGUCGCAGUACUUCUCCGUCGACGGCCGCCGGUGGUACAUCCGCUUCUACCCGGACGGCUACAGCACGGCCGACGGCGCCUGGAUCGCCUUCUACGCGCAGACGCUCUACAAGCCGCAGUUCCGCCCCGUGCGCGCCGAGUUCACGUUCCAGCUCCUCGGCCCCAACGGCGACGUCCGCCACACGCGCCGAUCCGAUCGGGCCUGCAAGUACGACACCUUCUGCAACAGCUGGGGCAUCCGCCGCUACAUCACCCGGGAGCAGCUCGAGAGCGCGGCGCUCGGCGCCAUCCACGCCGACUCCAUCACCGUGCGCUGCACCGUCACGAUCCACCUAGCGCGGAGGAGGAGCCUCGCGAUCAACCGCCCGGGCCUCGUCCAGAUGCCGCCGCCACCGCCGUCGAACCACGGGGAGAACUCCCUCAGGUUCCUCGCCGGCGGGAAGGCCCCCUUCGACGUGCGCUUCGACGUGGACGGCGAGAUCUUCGAGGCGCACCGGAUGGUGGUGGCCGCGCAGUCGGCGUGGUUCGAGAGCCUCCUCUACGGCCACGGCCGCGAGGCCGGGAAGGACGUCCUCGAAGUCGGCGGCGGCAUUGUCACCGCGGAGGCGUUCCGUGGCGUGCUCCACUUCAUCUACACCGACGAGCUGCCCCCAGAGGCCGCCAAGGGGAGGGGGUCGUACGACCUGACGCUGCGGCUGUUCGAGGCGGCCGACUACUACCUCAUCGAGAGGCUGAAGCUGAUGUGCGCGUGCAGGCUGGGCGACUUCAUCAAGGACUCCACCGUGGACGCGCUCAUGGUGAUCGCGGAGGACUACUCGUGCAAGGACCUCGCGCAGGCGUGCCGGAACUUCGCGGUGCGCAGGGGCCUGAGUUUGGCAGCGAUAAAGAGGAGAUUAGUGUCCAGCGCUGCUCCGGCGACGAGGAGGAUCAUGGACGUGCCGGCUCCGUCGACGAGCGGCUGAGUGAAAUUUUCUUGUGCGUGCAUGCAUGCAUGUGGGGUACGUAUACUUAGUAGGGUAAUCUAUCGGACUACAUAUAUUAUAGCGUGGGUUGUAUAAUGCUGAUCGAUAUAGCUAGUUUUGUUUUCUGUUGGAAGGUCGAAUUUAUAGUUAAUUAGGUUAUUGGUGUGCUGAAGUACUGUUCAUACUCCAUACUCCAUAGUAUAUUAAGCAAGAGUCCAGUUUAUGACAGUUGCAUCUGUUAUCGUGUCAUCGUCGUGAGAAAGAAUUUGAUACCUUGUAGUUAGGCUAUUGGUCAUAUCCACAAUUUGAUUGCCUUGA